AUUCCAAACACCGUCUCCAUUUUACUUCUGAGCUAAACGGAAGCUAGCAGGGUGCGGUCAUGGUCGUUGCGAAUAUCGUUAAUAUUUGCUGAUAUGAAAGUCGAUAUCCUGGAGGUAAAAUCUCAAUUAUUGGCCACGAAGAUGGAGGCAGUUGUAUUUGUGCUGCUGGUGGGGCUGACGGUGGUUCUGGCUCAAGGCACGAUCCAGGAAGUACAGUUCGGUGUUGGCCGUGAGCUUGUACUCAGCCCUGUUAACCCCCCUACGCCGAUCACUAGCAUCACCUGGAAGCGUAACGGAGAUUUUGUGGCUGAAAAGAUCGACGCUGGGUCUGCCAUUGAAUAUUUUGGGGUUCUGAAGGGUCGCUCCAAACUCAACUCAACCACCGGGGUGCUGACCGUCAGCUCCAUGAAUAAGGACGACAAAGGCUUGUUCACGGUGGAGAUCAACGGUAAGGACCAGAGUGUUGGCUUUAACGUUGUAGAGGUCCUGCCUGUACCUAAACCCGAGGCCAUCGUGAGACCUCUAACGUGCAGCGACUCUUCUAUUGAAUGUAAACUGAGCUGCGAGCCGACGGGACCUCUUGUCAACGUCGAGCCUGUUGAGUACUUCUGGAUCCUGGGAGGGAAACAACAGCCGGGAAAGAACUUCAGCAUCACCAACGACGAGGAAACCAAAGCAAUCAAGACGUUUUCCUGCAUCAUCAAGAAUAAGAUCAGCCAGGAGCAGAGUGAGCCGCUGGAAAACCCCUUCAACAAAAAGCCACCCGGCCUUAAUGGAGGUGUGGUGGCUGGGAUCAUCGUAGGUGUGUUUGUUUUUGUCUGUGCGACUCUUGGAGUCGCAUUUAGGAAAAAAAUCAAACCAUAUUUACAGUGUUUUAAAGACGACCAUCAUUCCGUCCCCGGUGAAGAGGGUGGAAACAAAUAGCAAUGAUCAAGAUCAGUAACACCAGGACAGGGACCCAGAGGAUCUCUAUUCCUCCAGGUCCUGCUUGAAUGACUUGUGACUGGGGGAAGAGCUUUAAAACAUAUGCAGCAACUAAUAACUGAAUAUGACCACUUUAAAUGUCCAGGUAGUGUCUUGUCAGAACCUUUCAGGUCUGCUUAGCGACAUGAUUCGUGAUGAAAUGGGUGUUUGUUUAAUUACUGAUCUACCUUCUUAAGUUAUGAAUCUAGUUAAAUGGACGUGAAACCUGAACCAUCUGUGCUGUUGCUGUCUGAGUGAACAUAACCAUGAAGCACUGCAGCAUGGAGACAGUGCUGGUGAGGAGAUGCUGGACCAUGACUGUGUGUUUGCUGGAGCUUCUAGAAGUCAUCUCUGGAGGACUUGCAUGGGGAUGAAGCAUGGCUGCUUUGCUGCAACAUGAAAACCUUUCAAAUGUAUAACAUCCAACUGUGUGCCAUUUUUUUUUGUAAAUUUUCUAAUCUGCUGUGAUGUGUAAAUGCACAUUAAUAUUUUGCACUGGUUUGUUUUCCUUUGCUCCCAGAUCUCGAUCCCUAACUCUUGCAUCAAUUGUUUUGCUUCUUUGUGAUUUUUUUUUUACCUGAAAACUUGACCGAUGGACUAAAGAAAUCAGGUCUUUGCUGUAUUGUUUUUGUUUUUCCCACCAUAGUGUUUUGGUUCAGUUAUACUUUAAAAUGAUCCCAUUUUUGAAGACAAACUUCAGGCGACACUGGGACAUAGAACCUUAAUGACUUUGUAGCCUCCUGAAAUAAUAUUCAUAUCCACGUACUCAAAGAUAGUCUUUUAGGGAAAUCACCAGUAAAAUACGGCUUAUGGUUUCUGCAUAGCUCUGAGCUACUUGUCCAAAAACAAUGUUAUUAAUUCAGGUCCUGAUUUUACUGAGGAUCUUGUGUUCACCUCACAUAGAAAGGUGUGCCAUUGGCUAAAUAGUUUCUGUUUAAUGCGAUGUUUCAGAGAACGCCUUAAAGCACUCAAUCACAAACCCCGAUUCUAUUUAUUAGUGAUGUUUUAACUGUUACUCUUGUGGAAAGUGCAUUCAGAAUAAAUCAACCAUUGCUUCACGAA